AUGGCCAGCAAGAUUCCUCAGGUUAUUAACAUGGCACAAGUUGCCGGCCGUGACCUCGUGGUGGCGGCCAAGCCUGUGGUGUCCCGCUUCGCCGCACUGGCCUCAAAGGAGCUUGCCCCUCCCUCCCCAGCCCAGUGGCCUCAGAUCAAGAAGGGCCUCACUGGCUUGGCCAAGGACGCCCAGAGCCUCAAGUUUAUGAACCUUACGGUCAAGGAGGCCGCUAGCGGUGCCCUUGUGGGCGUUGAGGUGGCCAUGUGGUUUUUCUUCGGUGAGAUCAUCGGCAAGGGCAGCAUCAUCGGUUACGAUGUGUAAACCGUGCAAGCGCGCAAGAUUGUAUUCCCCUCCGUGGGCUGGCCUGACAAGAGUCAGUUUCAAGCCGACUUGACUCUAAAUCCUGCCCGCACAAGAAUAGCCCAGCAAUCAUUGCUUGGCCUGAGAAGAAGAAAAAAAAAUGAAAAUGAAAAACAGAAGCAAGACGUGCAGGCUGAUCAAAGACGGACAUUAGUCCAGGAGACGCCCCCCCUUCCUCUCUCUCUCUCUCUCAUUUGAGCGCACCAUGUGCGUUGGAUGCGGGCUUGUUUGGAGGGUGUCUGCCCGUUUUUGUUAGCGUUGUGCGUUUUGUGAGGGACGCGGGCGAGGUGGUGAGCUCAAUUAUCAGCGUCAUGAUCCACAUUUGACAAUGGAUUGACUCGUCUCUCUGUGCCGUGUCGUGUCGUGUGUUGGUUCUUCAAAGUUGAGCCGAAAAUGCG